UGGAGAUGGUGGACCAUCUUGCAAAUACUGAGAUCAACAGCCAGCGCAUCGCUGCUGUGGAAAACUGCUUUGGGGCUUCUGGACAGCCUCUAGCUGUGCCAGGCAGGGUCCUUCUAGGAGAAGGGAUUUUAACCAAAGAAUGCCGCAAGAAACCAAAGCCUCGCAUAUUCUUCCUUUUCAAUGACAUCCUUGUCUACGGCAGCAUAGUCAUCAACAAAAGGAAGUACAAUUCCCAGCACAUCAUUCCCCUUGAAGAUGUCACUUUGGAGACGCUGCCAGACACCUUGCAGAUGAAGAACCGCUGGAUGAUUAAAACCUCCAAGAAGUCUUUUGUGGUUUCUGCUGCCUCCCUCACAGAGAGGAAGGAGUGGAUCAGCCAUCUGGAGGAGUGCAUCAGGCACCUGCUGACGAAGACGGGCCGGCAGCCCUCCACAGAGCACGCGGCUCCCUGGAUCCCAGACAAGGCGACGGACAUCUGCAUGCGCUGCACACAGACCAAGUUCUCCACGCUCACCCGAAGGCACCACUGCCGCAAGUGCGGCUUUGUUGUCUGCGCAGACUGCUCCAGGCAGAGGUUCCUGAUGCCCCGCCUGUCUCCCAAGCCCCUGAGGGUCUGCAACCUGUGCUACAGGCAGCUGCUGGCAGAACAGAAGAAAGAGGCAGAGGCAGAUCGUAGGCAGCCAGAGCCAAUCUGCUCUGCUAUCCCAGGCUACGAACCUUCCAGCGGUGAUGACAGCGACAAGUCUGAUGAUGACAAAACUGACCAGUGGCCAGCAGACACAGAGUUUUAUACCUCAGAAGUAUCUUGGUCAUCUUUCCAUAGCUGACCUCCUUGGGAAUCAGUGCCAUUUAGACAUUGGGAAGCCAACUUCUGGCCUCCUGUGCAUGUCUUUACUAAUGUUUUCUCUGAAGGCUGUGCUUAGGAAGGUAGAUUUUGUUCCCUGUGUGUGAUGUCUGCAUGGGGAGCAGAGAUGGGGCUACCCCUCUGAAAGUGUGUCUCAUACAACAGGAGCACAGAAAGCAACAGCUCAAUGAAAAGCACAGACUGGGACAGAGAUCUGUUUAACAGCCUUGGCCAAACGAGUUCACCCUUUGGUGCCUUAGUCUUCCUGUCUGCAAAAAGAGAGCAGUACUAAUUUCUUUUCUCAAAUGCUUUGAAGUGGCUCUUGGGAGAAAAGAAGCAAGAAAUCUUGAAUUUAAACAUACAAGUCUGCUGGCAGUGUGUUCACCUGUCAUGGCAUGGGGCACUCUGGAUGCUGCAGGAGCAUCAGAAGUGCAAGUGUGCCAGCCUGAGGAGAUAGUCUUCCAACUCUGCAUGGUAAGGUUGGCACAGACUUCCAUUUCUACACCUAAGUGUCUCAAGAUUGGAAACACAAUGCUCUGAAUGCAAGGAGCUCAUAUGAUGCUUGUUGUGAGCAGCUUUAGCAAAGCACUGGAGCAUCCAUCUCUCUCACAUGGGAAUGGUUUUGGUGGUACUGGGCCAGGAGGGAGGAAGGAGACAGGGGAGGUAUGGGUAAAAUUACACAGAGUGAGAUAUGAAGGGAGAGACUCAGUUGACUAAACUAAGUGCAGAGGCCUGUAUCUCAAAACCAGGCCAUUCCGCCAGAUUACCAGCAACUUGAUGAACUCAAGCCUGUUGGGUAAAAGGAUAGCCCAGGGAAAACUUGUUAAAAGUCUUGGAAAAUCCAGGAAAAUACCCCAAAUUUUGAUCCUAUUAAGUAGAGCACUUCAACUUCCACUUCUCCUGAGCCAGAGGUAUUGAAUGCUCAGUUGUGAGGUCUCCUCUUGUCUGUGACUCUCACGAGUCCAAAGUUAAGGUCCUUUAUAUACUUCCAGGUUUGGAGCCCAAGACUUUAAAGUUGAUCUCAAAUUAACUGUAAAGUUCAAAUUAAGUGAGAAUGUUUACUAGUGUUUAUUCAAGUAUUCUAUCAUGAUAUAGCAGAGGAGUAUAUAUACUGAAAACCAGACAACAGCAAUUGUUUUGCAGCACACAUUUCUACAAACUCUGUUAUUACUUAUAGUAUAUUGUGUAUUUUAUACUCUGGAAAAGGAACAUGGCUGGGAGUACACUGCCAAUGUUACAA